ACAGUGAUAUCAGCGGCGCUCCCGCUCCACCAGUGAAUGCCAGGGGGGAGGUGCGACUGUCUUCUCUCGGUUCCACUUUCCGCUUUUCCCGACCGGCGGAGGUUCGCGCGGUGCGAUCGGCGCGGCUCCGCCGUCUGCAAAUGCCAAAGUCCACGAGCGCGGCGCGCCGCGUGCCGCAUCGCCGGAGUCCCAGAUCGACGGACACGAGCGGAGCUCGCGGGGAUCCGCGUGCCAGAGGUGAACUGUAGAAGACGUUGGCACCGUGCAACCAGCCAUGGCGGCAAAGCAGAGCCCUAACAUGCUGUGCGUCCAGGACCCCACGGAGAUCCUGUCCCCCACUCAUGCAGAGCGCCUGGCGCACGCCGAAGGCGGGGACGAGUCCUCCGACAGCGACGGGGAGCAGGAGGAGACCUCCCACAAGCUCAUCCGCAAAGUGUCCACGUCGGGCCAGAUCCGGGCCAAGAAGAGUGUGAAGGAGGGAUACUUGCUGAAACAAACCAGCUCCUUCCAGCGGUGGAAGAGGAGGUUCUUCAAGCUCCGUGGACGCACCUUGUACUAUGCCCACGACUCCAAGUCGCUCAUCUUCGAUGAGGUGGACCUCUCGGACGCCAGCGUUGCUGAAACCAGCACCAAGAACAUCAACAACAGCUUCACGGUGAUCACCCCGUUCCGAAAGCUCAUGCUGUGCGCCGAGAGCAGGAAGGAGAUGGAGGACUGGAUCAGCGCGCUUCGGUCGGUGCAGAAGUGGGAGAACUACGAGGCCAGCCAGUUCAACGUGGAGCACUUCUCUGGCAUGCACAACUGGUACGCUUGUUCCCACGCCCGGCCCACCUUCUGCAACGUGUGUCGGGAGGCGCUCUCCGGGGUCACCUCCCACGGCCUGUCUUGUGAAGUGUGCAAGUUCAAAGCCCACAAGCGGUGCGCCGUGCGCUCCACCAACAGCUGCAAGUGGACCACGCUGGCAUCCAUCGGGAGCGAGGUCAUCGAGGACGAGGACGGGGUGGCCAUGCCUCACCAGUGGCUUGAGGGCAACCUGCCAGUGAGCGCCAAGUGCGUGGUUUGUGACCGCAACUGCGGAAGCGUGCGGCGGCUACAGGACUGGCGCUGUCUCUGGUGCAAGGCCAUUGUGCACAACAGCUGCAAGGAACAGAUGGGGAAAAUCUGUUCCAUGGGACAGUGUAAGGUCUCCAUCAUCCCCCCCACUGCCCUCAACAGAAUUGACUCUGAUGGGUUCUGGGAAGUGACCAGCCCGUCCUGCUCCAGCCCGCUUCUGGUUCUGGUCAACUCCAAGAGCGGGGACAACCAAGGCGUCAAGUUCCUGCGCAGGUUCAAGCAGCUGCUGAACCCGGCACAGGUGUUCGAUCUGAUGAACGGAGGCCCGCAGCUGGGCCUGCGGCUCUUCCGGAAGUUCGUCAGCUUCCGCAUCCUGGUGUGCGGCGGGGACGGCAGCGUGGGCUGGGUGCUGUCCGAGCUGGACAAGCAGGGACUACACAAGCAGUGCCAGCUUGGCGUGUUGCCCCUGGGGACGGGUAAUGACCUGGCUCGCGUGCUGGGCUGGGGCGGACUCUGUGAUGACGACGCCCCUCUGCUGCAGAUUCUCGAGAAGCUGGAGCGAGCCACCACCAAAAUGCUGGACAGGUGGAGUGUGAUGACCUAUGAGGCACCAGCCAAACACUGCCCCCCUGUGGUGAAGGAGGACGGGACACAGGAUGCUCCCCUGCAGGUCCAGAUGACCCAGUACGAAGACUCGGUUGCCACUCACCUGUCCAAGAUCCUGGACUCGGACAAACACAGCGACGUCAUCUCCUCCACCAAGUUUCUGUGUGGGACGGUGAACGACUUCGUGUCGGAGGUGGGCAAAGCGUACGAGAGAGCAGCGGAGAACAGGGAGGAGGCGGACGCAAUGGCCAGGAAGUGCACGCUGCUCAAUGAAAAGCUGGACGCCCUGGUGAAGGCCCUGAACGAGGAGGCCAGCACCCAGCCUCUGCCCGUGGGAUGCCUUCCUGCCCAGCAGGGCGGCGACAGCGAGCUCUCCGACACCCCCGGCGUCUCGCAAGGCUUUCGAUCCAGGGAGCAGCUGAUGCUAAGGGCCAACAGCCUGAAGAAGGCCCUGCGGCAGAUCAUCGAGCAGGCUGAGAAAGUGGUGGACGAACAAAGCCGCCAUACUCAGGAGCAGAAGCAGGAGGGCUGUGAGGACAUGAAGGACGUGGACCCCCGCCGAGGGCCUGCGAGCCCCAGCCCGUCCCCUGUCGUUCUGGAAAAGUCUGAGAGCUUCUGCGGAUCCCCAGUCCCCGAGGACUCUGUGCUGUGCACCGAGAAGUGUGUGAUGAACAACUACUUUGGCAUCGGGCUGGACGCCAAGAUCUCGCUGGAGUUCAACAACAAGAGGGACGAGCACCCCAAGAAGUGCAGCAGUCGCACCAAGAACAUGAUGUGGUACGGGGUGCUGGGGACCAAGGAGCUGGUGCAGAAGACCUACAAGAACCUGGAGCAGCGUGUGUUGCUGGAGUGCGACGGCGUAGGGAUGAACCUGCCGAGCCUCCAGGGACUGGCCGUGCUCAACAUUCCCAGCUACGCCGGAGGCAUCAACUUCUGGGGAGGAACCAAGGAGGACAAUAACUUCGGAGCCCCGUCCUUCGAUGACAAGAAGCUGGAGGUGGUGGCCGUGUUCGGCAGCAUGCAGAUGGCCAUGUCAAGGGUCAUCAACCUGCAGCACCACCGUAUUGCACAGUGCCGCCAGGUGAAGAUCACCAUCCUGGGGGACGAGGGGGUGCCCGUGCAGGUGGACGGAGAGGCAUGGGUGCAGCCGCCCGGGAUCGUCAAGAUCGUCCACAAGAACCGAGCCCAGAUGCUCACCAGAGACCGGGCGUUUGAGAGCACGCUCAAGUCCUGGGAGGACAAGCGGAAGUGCGCACGGCCCCGUCUCAGUUCCCAGCAGUCCAUGGAGUACCUGACGGAGGAGGAGUGCGCACAGGUGCUGCAGUUGGGCCUGGUGGCUGAUGCUCUCAUCAGCAGGAUCCGUGAGACUGCCAAGACACACAAGCUGGUGGAGCAGGAACUGGCCCACGCCGUCAAUGCCAGCACCCUGGUGCUCAGCGAGGCCUUUCCCAGCAGGCCGUGCAGCCCCGAGAUGCUGAGUCGCUCCACCGCCGUGGAAGUGGUGAACAGCAGCAGGGUCCUGCAGGCGGAGACUCGAACCUUGCUGGAGGGGAACCUGCUGCAGCUGGAUCCUGCCCAGGAGGAGGUUCUCUCCUCCACGCUUGACAGCCUGAGUACAGAACUGCAGAAACUGACAGACAUCCACUGGAUCUCUCCCAUCAUGCACUGCGUGGAAGAGAACUCGGCGAGAGGAGGAGCUAAGAGCAGCGUGAAGAUGAAGAUCAUGCCCAAAGUGAGGAGGGAUCGUGAGAAGCUCCACAAGCAGAAGUCCAACAGCUCCCUGUGCGCAUCGUGGGAGGUGAAAGGGUCGUGUGAUGCGGACUUUACCGGGAAUUAAAGGUACGGCUGCUGACCCGCAGCCCGGUCUCCUUCGGAGGUCUCUCGCCAUUGGUCGACAGCACGGAGAAGGGGAGGAGCCACAUCGUUUUUCCACCUGCCGCAUCACCUAGCUCGGGUUCCGGCUUAGCGGGGGCGCCGUCUUCUCGACAGCCUGACGCAUCAGUCUGUCACUCGGCCCUCUGAGACUUUUUUUUAUUUCCCUUUGUGUGAUUUUCUUUUUAAUUCUUUUAACUGUGACCAAGAACAACAGGGAUCGGAAAUGCAUCCAUAUCGUUCUGUGUGCCGCAAAAGGGGUGCGAGCCUCCUGCGGAAACGAGCGUGCCGAGGGACGAACUAUGCGAAGCCAUCUUUCCGUCGGCCUUCUCCACGUGUGGCUGAGGGUUCAAGGCCACGGCCGCUGUGGCUCCCGCCCAGGUGCCCGGUGAGCUCUGGUGAUGCUUCGGCGGAGUACGAUUGGGCCGCGUUGCAGCCGGACGCCGCAUCGCCGCAGGGACGGAGGACUUUGGCGUCGCACGUGUCGCUCGGCUGCCUUGCACUUUAAACGCAAACAGUGUGCCGUACGGUAUCUUUGAAAGUGUUUAUAUUGUACUGCGGUGAAGUGAGUCCUCGGUGUGCUAUGCCAUUGGAAUGAAUGUUUUUAAAAAAGAGAAAAAAAAAAAAGUACCUGUUCUGGUUUGUAGUGCUGUGUUAAUGUGUGGCUGUUUCCAGAAACUUCUUUGUGCUGCUGCUGAUCUCGCCAGCGGCAUUGCUGGAAUGGUGAUAUUUGGGUCAGUGAUUAACAGUAUUUAUUGAUUACUAAGCUGCCUUGGCACGAGCUGCCUGGGGAAAUCUUGGAGCAGAUGGGACACAAGCCAAGGGACCCCGGGGACAUGGGAGCCUUGUGGGGUGGGGGGAGGGCUGUCUUAGUGCUGAACAGCUCUGCGUUUUCGUCCACUGCAGAAGAUCUGAGUGCAACAGAUGGGCAUUACCGCUCAGACCACCUGCAACAUACCGUAAAUUUAUUCCGAAAUGUUAAAAAGAAAAAUCUUUUAUUCUGUGUCUGUGGAGUGAACUAAGUCGUCUGCUCUUUAAACAAAAAAAUGAGUCUUCUUUUUGGGGGGGUGAAAAACCAGGUACGGAGGUGGUUAAGGGACCAGCGGGGGGGUCUUAGGAGGAGAACCAGAGAGGCGAUCAUGGAAGUGAUUACGGGAACCAGGGGGACCCAGACUGGUCUGGUCUCAUCCCACCCACCACUACUCCUUCCCUUUGCAGUACUUUGUUGAUGUCAUUGUGGCCUCUGAACCUUCUUGGUUUCUCACCCGCGAACCUGUUACAGGGACGGUCAUGAAGAACGCGGUCAGUGAACUGUUGAUGACAUUGAGUGCAACGUCCUCCAAUAAAAUAUCGCCACUGCUAUUAAAACUGAC